AUGUCCAACAGCCUGGAAGCAAAGAUUGUGGUUCUCGGUAGCCAAGGAGUUGGAAAAACUUCUCUUGUGCACAGAUACGUCAAGAACGCAUUUACGCCUCCCACGACACAGUCCACCGUGGGUGCUUCCUUCCUGACAAAGAGGGUUGUGGAUAUCGACACCUCCACCGUGGUUCGGUUACAGAUAUGGGAUACCGCCGGCCAGGAGCGCUUCCGGUCCAUAUCCAAGCUGUAUUAUAGGGGCGCAAAUGCUGCAGUACUAUGUUACGACAUCACCGAUCCAUAUUCGUUCGAGGAGAUGGGCCGCUGGUUCAAGGAACUCAAGACAAACCUUGGAGAGGACGUGAUCCUCCAUGUGGUAGGAACAAAGUCAGACGUCGUAGCCGAAGACCCUACCAAGCGGAAAGUGCCCUUUGAGCGCUGCAUCGAAUACGUCGCCGAGAACCUCCACCCCACACAAAACGGACAGCCACACAGUGCUGCAGCAAGCGGCUGGGGCUCCGUACCGGCAGCCUUCCACAGCGGUAUGGCGUCGCCACAGAGCAAUCGAUCGAGCGGCUUCUGGGGACAAGACUUGGGCUGGGAUUGCUGUCACGAGAUCAGCGCCAAAGACGGCGAGGGUGUAGACGAGGUCUUUCGCGUCAUUACCCGCAAGCUUGUGGAACAACAGCAGAAGAAGCUCGAGGAAGAACAACGGCAGUACGCCAUGGCUGGUGUCACCCCUGCCAUGGACAACAACGGCAAUGUGGCUGGCUACUUCGAUUACCCUGGAACGGGCAACGGAAGCUUCCGCUUAGGCACAGGUGACAAAAGGCGGAGCUGGCUGGGCUUCCCCACCACACCCAAUGUCGCUGGACAUCAGCAAGAUUGGGAAGAAGAUAUCAACCAGGCGCAGAAGAGCAAGAGUGGCAGAUGUUGUUAA